AUAGAAUACAGAAGGCUAAGCGUUUUCUCCCAUAUUUCUCCACUUUAACAACUCUCCUCUUUCACCUCCUCCGCCGCCAUCUUCGUCGGACGCCGAACCAACCAACUCUAAAGGAUCUCGAUCAUCUCGCAACCGCCGCAACAACCACCACCAUCCUCCACCUACACCGCCACCAUCAACCCCUGCGCAAGAUGAUGAAGAGGAAAGAGAUUGUGGGAAGAAACCAGAAGUUGCAGAAGAAGGUGUUGGUGUUGCUGUAAAUGAAGGUGAAGGAGAUGGUGAGAAAGGGUGGAAUCUACGGCCGAGAAGAGCUGCCGCCAUGAAAGGGGCUUCUGCUACUAAUUCUACUCCAACGAAUACUAAUUCUGGUGCUGCUACUACUGUGGGAGAAAGUGGAGGUGAUAAUUUGCUGAAAUCGAUAAGGUUGCGAGGGUUGGAGACGCAAGGAAAUGGCGGAGUUAACGGCGCAGGAGGAAGUGAGAGAAGAGGGAUUAAGAGGUUUUGGAUCUCUUUAUCGAAUAAAGAGAUUGAAGAAGAUAUUUACUCUAUGACUGGUUCUAAGCCUUCUCGUCGCCCUAAAAAUGUUCAGAAGCAAUUGGAUAAUGUAUUUCCAGGGUUAUGGAUGGUUGGGUUUUCGCCUGAAUAUUAUCGUUGUCUUGAUGUGCCGCCAAAGAGGUAGAUAUGAACAUAUUGCAAAGUAUUUUUGCUUAAUUUCUGGUUGGUUUGGGUAGAAGGUGCAUAGGAUGGGGAUGAUUAAAGGGGGAGUGUGAAUUUUUUGAAAGCUUACCGAUUGCUGUGUUCGGGCCUCGAUUUGGAGGUACAGUUCUCUGUAAAGAGGGGUGAUUUGGGACGUCUGGAUAUAUAGAAGAAUGAUGCCCAUUGACUUUUUUGCUUUAUAUCUUUUGGUAUACAUAGUAGAUUAGAACUAGAGCUAGAGCAAUGGCAAGGGUAAGUUAGUUUUAUUUUAGAUUAAUUUCAUGAUGAUUUGGGUAGUUGCGGUAUGUAUAACAAGGAUCUUUGAUGUUAUGAUGAAAUGGUGUUGAUUAUAGCCUGUGAGCUUCAUAUAGUUGCAGCAGUUUUCGGUGACUGUUUAAAGGUUUUGGGAAAAGGUGGUUUAUUUACUAUGGAUUAUGAUGUGUGACGGGCUUCCUGAGUUUGUUCGGGAACAGAUUCGCAUUCGUGUUCUUUAUUUCGAAACCCUAAAUCACAAAAUUGAAAAUCUUAUCUGUGUUUUCCAAGCUUAUUGUUUAUGUGAAGAACUAUUCCAUCAUUCUUCUCUGGCAAA